AUGUUCAAGGAGAUAGUUGAUGCCAUGAGGGAAGGGUUUGGGACGUGCCUUAAGGAGAUCAAGUAUCUGUCGGAAAUGGUGGAAGUUGUGGACAAAAAAGAACAUGUGUGCUUUGUUUAUAGUAGUGAAAGUGUUAAUGGGACGAACGCGGGAAGGAAGAGGUUGCCGGAGGAUAUAGGUCCAGAUAUACCCGCAGAUGAUAGUUCCUCGAAAGAUAAAGCUCCAGAACCGAGCCUUGUUCUAUUGGACAAAAAUCACUCUACUGUUUUGGAUUUACAGAAGGAGGAUGCUAAAUAUCAGGAUAAGAGGGAUGCUGCUUUGGCACUUUGCCGUGCAAAGAGUGAUCGAACAAGGAGAACUUGCUGCCUCACAGAAAUCUCCUUAUACGGCAAACCCCACGGCCAAAUCAUUAUAAAGCAGCUCAAGAUUAAAAACCACCAUAUUGAUGCUUGGAUUAAUGUGCUGAGGAAGAGAUUCAACUUCAAGGAUUUUACGGACUCGGAGCCCGAUCAGAACGGUUUAGGAAGAAGACUCCCUGGUGGGGCGUGGAACUAUUAUGCAGGCAUUAUACCAUUAUUUUGCCAAUCGAACAAGGUUUGGGGGACGGAUAUUGAUGAUAUCUAUGCGCCAGUGAACUACAAAGACAAUCAUUGGAUUGCUAUGUGGAUAUCGAUCCCUAAGAGGCACAUAGUCGUCUUUGACAGCAUUUGUUCCAGUAUCUCCCCAGAAGAACUCGAUGUGGUAAUGGAGCCUUUUCUCCACAUGGUCCCUUAUCUGCUUGUUGAGUGCGCUUCCUCACACGAACAACGUGCCCAAUACAGCCUGGAGCCAUUCACAUUUGAGAGACCGGACAAUAUACCUCCGGCCCGAGCUGGUGAUUGUGGCGUGUACACUCUAAAGUACAUUGAAUGUCAUGCUCUUGGGAUAGAGUUUACUAAAAAAGAAUUUGCUAAGUCCAACGGAAAGACUAUGAGGGACAAGAUGGCGUGGAUAUAUUUCAAGAGCUUCCUGACGCGCAUGAGUUCGUAA